AUGCCUGAAAUCGACGUUUUGAUCGCGGGAGCCGGCCCGACAGGCCUAGUCCUCGCCCUUUGGCUUCACCACCAAGGUGUGAAAGUUCGAAUUAUCGAUCAAUCAACGGGUCCAGCGCCUGAUUCUCGCGCGCUUGUUGUACAUGCACGCAUUUUGGAGCUUUAUCGUCAACUUGAUUUAGCGGAUGAGAUGGUCCAGCGAGGUUACCAGAUACCCGCUACCAAUGUAUGGGUCAAUGGGGUUCGCAGGGCCCAUAUCCCCCUCAAGGAAUUUGGGUCUGAAUUGACUCCCUAUCCUUGCAUGUUUACGUUGCCACAGAAUGUGCAUGAGGGUUUGCUCGAGAAGCGAUUGAAUUCAAACGGUGUCUUCGUCGAGAGGCGGACGAAACUCAAAGGUUUUACUGAUGACGGCACCACUGUCAGCGCGACACUGCAAAACGAUGAUGGCGAGGAGGAAACUUGCGAAGCUGGCUAUCUAGUCGGAUGCGACGGUGCUCACUCAGUGGUCCGCCAUGGUAUCGGUGCGAAUUACGAAGGGGAAACCUAUAUCCCACUUUUCUACAUCGCAGACAUGGUAGCCGGAGAGCAAGAAAGUCCUAUGUCCAAUGGUGAGGCUCAUAUUACCUUUGUGGAUGAUACUUUCAAUUUGGUAUUACCUUUCGUUGAAGAACGCCGCGUACGGUUGAUUGGGACAAUAAUGGCGAAAGACGACGGCACUUCGCAUGUCUCCUCCGCGUACUCGCACACAGCAGUGACCUUUGAGGACGUUCUUCCGGAUAUUAAAAAGGCCUCGAGAAUCAAUGUGGAAAAAGUGAAUUGGUUCUCCACUUAUCGCAGUCAUCAUCGCGUCUCCGACAAGUUUCGCAGCAAAAGAGCCUUUAUUGUUGGAGAUGCUGCGCAUAUUCACAGUCCGGUCGGGGGCCAAGGUAUGAACACGGGCAUCAUGGAUGCGAUCAACCUUGCGUGGAAGCUGGCCACUGUGAUCAAGCAGUCCUCCAUGACAGAAGAGGCAAGAAAUGCGCUCUUGGACACCUUCGAGUCUGAGCGACGACCCUUCGCAUUGAAUAUCGUUGGCGCAACUGAUCAAGGAUUCACAACCCUCACCAGUUCCAGCUAUCUCGCACACAUGAUGCGAAAUUGGAUCAUUCCAUAUGUGGCGCCGUUUGUCAUGCGGCUCCAAAGGGUCAGAAACGAAGCCUUCAAACGUGGAUCCCAGCUAGUCUGCUCCUAUCGAGGAAACAGCACUCUCAAUCAACGCGGUGAUGCAUCCGCGAUCAUCCAGCCGGGUGACCGCUUGCCAUGGGUCAAGACGAAUACUUGCGACAACUUUUCCUCCUUGAAGAGUCUAUCUUGGCAGGUCCAUGUUUAUGGUCUACCCGACGUCAACCUACGGAAAUGGUGUGAGGACAAACAUAUUUCCUUGUUUGUCUUUGAAUGGAAUACGAAACACUCCUCAGCUGGAUUCAAAAAAGAUGCGGCCUAUCUACUGCGGCCAGAUCAAUACAUUGCCGGAAUCUUUGAAGGUGAAUCUCUAGGCUCGCAGCUGGAGCAAUACUUUCUUGAGCGAGGCUUGGCUGUGUAA